AUGGCGGGGCUCGUGGGAGCAGGAGGGGAGGUCCAGGAAGGUCCAGGCGAGCGAGGCAGAGGCAGAGAAGAGAGAGAGAGAGAGAGAGCUAAAAGUGUGCAGAACGCCCUAGCCCAGAAAAAUGCCAACUUCCCUUCGGAGAGCAAGCAGCCUGGGCGCUCCGGGCGUCGCAAAGUGCGGUGCGCACCAAGGCUGGUGCCGUCUGAAGGUGAAAAGAACCGGCGAGAAGCGGCACCUGCCCAGCUCUCUCUCCUCCCUCCCGUCGCCAGCCAGCCCCAUCCUCGUUCCGACUCUGCGCUCUACCCGGAACGCGCCCGAUCCGUUAGCUGCACCCAAGGCUCCCUCCCGGGGCCCGGCCCCAGCCACCAGCCCGAGAGUCGGGGUGAGGGCGCUGGGGGGCGGGGGGGAGCAGCCUGUCGCCGCUCUGCCCUUGACCGGUCGCCCUGGGAUCACCGGAGCCCCUGCCUCGCGCCCCUGCCUCGCGCCCGGAGCCGCCUCCUGACGACGCUGCCCCCUGGCAGGCGGCGCCCGGGCCGCUCCGGCCUCCGCCGACACUCGCUGCCCAGACCCGGGACGCCCCCGCGGGGUCGCCGAGCUGCCCUCGCCGCCGGAGGCCGGCGCGCCUGGGAGGGGACCUCGCAGCUCCCCAAAGGAGGGUCCCACCUGUUCGGCUGUCGGGGGACGCGGCGGGUGGCGGCGAGGGCGGCGGGGGGAGGGGGCUCUCCCGAAACCCGGGCCGCCCGGCCGGCUGCGAUCGGGCCCGAGGUGCCAACUGCCACGCCGCCAGCCGGGGCCGUGGGGGUGGGGCCGCGACUGGGGCCACCCCCUUGGGGGUCUUCGGGCCGGACCGGGCCCCUGGCCCGAGCAUUCCUCCUCUCCCCGCUCUUCGGCCCGCCGCCGGCCCCUCUCGCCCAAACCCCCCAGGCGGGUCCGCCGGCCCGCUCGCAGCCCCGCAGCAGAGGUGCCACCGACGCCCCCGCCCUCCUCCUCGGUCCGACGCGGCCCGGGAGCCCCGCGGGCGGUGCGCCCCCUCCACGCCCCAGCCCGGCCGCCGGAUCGCCCUCGGCGCCCACCCCCGGGGCCGGGCGCGGGCGAGGGAGCGCCCGCCAGGUACGCGCGCGGCGCGGCGCGGGUGGCGCUCACGCCCCCUCGCCCGGGGCUCCCCGCACGCCCUCCCCGGCCUCGGGCCCGGCCGGCGCCCCCGAGCGCGGCUCUCCGCCCCUCCGCCCGCGACUCACUCGGACCGCCGCAAUCCCGUCCGCCGCGCCGCCCCACGCGGAAAGAAACCCGGGCCAGGGCAGCGUCGGGGCUCUGCACCGCGGCCGAGCCCUCGGGGCGCGAUCGCAGGGCGUCAGGGGAGCGCAGCCUUCCCCGGCCCGGCGGCCCGGCGUGCCCGCGCCCGUCCUGCCCGCCGCCGCCGCUGCCCUGGCCGCUGGCCGGCCGCCGCGAACGCUUCCGACUCGCCCCCGCGAGCCGCCGGCUGCGGAGCAUGCCCAGUCCGCGGCCCCAGCCGCCGGCCUCCGCGCCCCGCGAUCCGCUCCUCCGGGUGUUCGCGGCGGCCGGGGGGCGGGCCGGCGGGCGGGGUCCGCGGUGGGCUCGUCCCCGGGCGCGCGGGACGGAGCUCCGACCUGCGGCGGGAACGCCCCCUCCAGCCCCGCUCCCCACCGGCCCCCGCGAACGCGCUGGGUUUUGCUUCGGCGUCCCGGAGAGCCCGAAAGGUGGUUGCUCCCGACGGACGGGAAAGUCCAGCUCGCGCGCUUCUGCGGCCAACGGGAGGCCAGCUUUCCUUGCGCUGCCCCCGCCCCGCGCACGGACCCCGGGACCUCGGGCCGCCCCAGUCCAGCUCGGCCGCCCCCCGCCCCCCACCCCCCCGGCGAGCUGCGGGGAAAACCCGGAGCGACGGCGAGCACUGCGCAUGCGCAGGAGCCGGGCCGGCGCGGCCGCCCGGAGCGAGGCUUUCCGCGCGCUCGGGGCUCAGAGCCCGAGGCCCGGGUCCGGGACGGCCGAGCCGGCCUCCGCGCUGCCCCCGCGCCCGAGCUCCGGGCGGCGCGCGCGUCCGGGCCCAGCGGGGAGAGGCGCCGCCCCUCCCCACAGAGGGGCGGGACGCGGGGGGGCGCGCGGCGGCCGCGGCGACACGUGACUGUCCCGGCGCGGGCGGCCAUCUUCGCCGGGGCCGCGGCCAGCGCCCCAACCCGCGAGCCCGCGGCGCGAGCUGGGCGCCCCCUCCCGCCACGCCGCGCCACGCCGCGCCGCGCCGCACCGCGCGCGGGGCUCGGGCCCGGCCCCGCCUCGCCGCCGGCGCCGCUGCUGUGCCCUAGGCGUGCCUGGGGGGCCGGGGGGCGGGCUCCGGGGCCGGGGGCCGCGCUGCUUGCGCCCGCCGGGCGGAAGCGGGAGAGCGGGGGGUCGGGGGCCUCCCAAGCCCCCUCCCAGCGCUAG